UCAUUAGAUCAUGAAUUAUCAGUUGUCCGAACCAGUCAUCCAUCAUCGAGUAAAGAAUUGAAAGAGAAAUUUAAGCGAUAUUGAAUCAUUCAUCCAUUUAUAACCUAUUAACGCUGUGCUCAGUCAGUGUCAGUGCUGCAACUGGUACCGCAGGGAUAACACAAAGAGACAGACAACCAUUCACAUUAACGUACACGCCUAUGGCCAGUUUAGCAGAGGACUCUGUGAAAAGUAGUUUUGAAGCUCAGUGUGGCGGCUCUGGCCAUCGCCAUCUUAGUAGUAUUUAUUCCCACUCUGCUGUCACGAAUAGUCAAAAUUAGCUACAAAAACGUCUUUUAGUAUCUUUCUGUAAACAUGUUUGUUUGUCUUGUAAAGCUGGCCAUUUCUCCAAGGAAGUCCCUGGGGACCAACCAUUGACUGUAUGUACCAUGGACACAAGGAUUCUGAACCUCGAAAAUGAAGCCCUAAGUGGGCGGAGCCCGUGUUCGCCAUUUCGGAUGAGCUUUACCUUGCCCAUCAUCGAGCCCCGCCCACUCAACAGGAACACCCUGUCUUUAAACCUUAAUAAAAAAAUAAAUGUUAGAAUAAAAGUUAGAAAAAAUUUACCCCAGUAUAGUUAGUCAUGAACAGUGAAAUAAUCUUUUGAGAUCAAAGUCGUUUUUGUACCAGGCUGUCACCAUGUUUGCUAAUGCUGUCAAAUUGGCUUUAACAUAAGGGUGUAUGGGGAUUUGCAACCUUCUGGAGCCAGCCACUCAAUGAACUGCAGUUUUUUUAGCACAACAAAUUUAGCGAGUUAAAUAGAGGAAGUGUUAAAUAUGGCACAAACUACAUGUACUACACUCGUAAUAUCCCAUUAAGCACCCACAGCUCUCAUUGAAAGAGACUGUAGCUUGAGCUGUGUAUGUCCUUCAAAGCUCAGUCUAAAAAUUCUCUCUACGGACUGAAUUGGUUGGUACACCCCUUAUAUAACCUUUCAUAUACUCAAAUCACACGCCAGCCCCUUGUUGCAAGUACACGUCUUCACAUUUUCUGACAAAUUUUGGAGUUGCUCUUGGGAGCAUGACCAAUUUCCUUUUUUGACCAGAGGACAUCAGUCAUUUAUGACAGAGAAAAAUGGAUCUCGAUACAUGAUUCAUGCCGAUGCAGCAAUGCAGAUUUUGUCCCAUCUCUCUUGAGAAACAGUCGUUCUCCACCGGCUCCAGCCCUGCUUCCGUCCAUCCUCCGUCCUGGAGCUCUGGUCUGGAACCUAUUAGGGCAGGAAUCUCCAGCAGCGCCCCGCUUGCACAUUAGCAUGCCUACGCUGACUCUCCCUGACAGGAAAGCGCCACUAAUUUAGUGCCAAACAGACAGAUAUUUAACCUCAGCCACUGGGAAGUCGUUGGAAGGAUGGCUGAGGUGUCACAAGAGGAGAGACUCCAGGCCAUCGCGGAGAAAAGGAAGAAGCAGACAGAGAUUGAAAACAAGAGGAGACAGCUGGAUGAUGACCGACGGCAACUCCAGCAUCUCAAGUCAAAGGCGCUGAGGGAGCGCUGGUUGUUAGAUGGAGCCCCGGCAGAGGAGGAGACUCAGAAACGUCUGCAGGAGGAUGAGGUGAAGACCAAACUUCUGGAGCAGGUCAUUCUCAGGCUGGAGCAAGAAAUUGAGGAACUAGAGACAGGAGCGCCAGCCAAUAAGGGUGUGGCCAGAGAAAAUGGAGGUGAAAAUGGAGUAGUGCAGUCCUCCGGUCAGACCCCCAAGAGAGAGGUGACCGGGAUUGAGGCCAAGCUGCUGGGCCCCAGCCCUGACCAAGCUAGUGCAGACAACCCGGUUACUCUAGUCUUCAUGGGCUACAAGACCGUUGAGGAGGAGCAGGAGAACCGCACGGCCCUGGGGAUGGAAGGAGUGGACGGCAAUGUCAAAGCUGAGUUUGUAGUGAUCGAGGACGGGGAGGGGAAAGCGGGGGGAGACGCUGCCACAGCAGAGCAGGCUCCACCCAACGGGAGCAUGGCGGAGAAGGAGAAGGCCAACGGAGGUGGGGAGGAGGGAGAGGAGGAGAAGGAGAAGAAACAGACCUGCAAAUGCUGCACGGUCAUGUGAGCGCUGUGUGGUGUUCGUGUGCGCGCGUGCGUGUCCGGGUGUGUGCGUGGCUGAAUGCACACCUGCACCUGUGCAGGCCUGUGUGCUAUUUGCAUGUGUCUGUAUUUGCAGGUGUGUGCGUGUCGCUUCGUGUCCGUGUGGAAGUGCGUGUCAGGACUGGGAGGAGAAAAAAAAAAGUACAGUUCCACAGCCAAUACACCAACAAUGAGAGCCAAUACAAGCUCCAGCUACAACAAGAACCACAAAGACUCAUAAGUACACUUUACUCUGUAUACUUUCUCUGAUAUGUAUUUGACUUUUGAUUUCUAUUGAUAUUUUUCUAUUUUUCUGUCUUGACAUUUAUAUUGUAUUCAGUAUGUAUAUCUUUAUUAUGGGACUGUGUACUGUAAGUUCAUUGUUAUUAUUGUUGGGGGAAAGAAAAAAAAUGUAUUAGCUCUCUGGAUUGUACUGCUACCCAGUCGGGGAAAAAUCUGGAAACUUUAAAUCAUUUAAGUCAAAACAACAAAAGAUGAAGGACGCAGAUACUUAAAUAUAUAUAUAUACAUAUAUAUAUAUUUCUCUGUGUAGGCCUACCAACUAUUUAUCGAUCAAUUUCAUAUUGCAAUAUUGUCUAAGAUAUUAUUUUAAAUAGUAUUUUAAUAUAUUGAUAUGAAAUUAUGUUUUAUACAAUGUAUUUAUUGUUUUUGGUUCUCUAUAUCAUCUCCAACCAUUAACUGCAUGUACGCUUGUAAGCACUGCGCGUAACACUCAUAACAAGUGUCUGUGCUUCCUUAGACUCAUACGUGCACAUAUCUUUUUGUCACACAAGUCUUUCUGUAUAAUUGGCAGUGUUAAAGACAUUUAAAAAGCAACCAAGGAGACGAAGAGGCUAGUAGGACCACAUUAGCUUGAUAAUAGAUACUUACUCUAUGUGACACAUGUACAUGAAAAUCACAGCGAUUGUGUGUGUGUGCGUGUUUUUUUUUUUUUUUUUUUUAAAUAAGAUGGAUACACUUAAUGAUCAUUUCGGAUUAGGGAUUAAUUCUCUCAGCAGUAGAAUCCGUGUGAAUCUUAAUGAGGUAGCACUGCAUGAAGCCUUGUAACUUUUUCAACUCGUCACUUGUUAGGUCUUUAUUAUUAUUAUUACACGCUGUCACUUGAAUGUAAAUCCAGGGGUUAAAUUGGGAUUUGUUCCACCCUAAGCAGAAGAGGCGGGCGUGCUCAGCUCAGCUCACCAUUUAAAAUAAUAAUAAUAAUAAUAAUAAUAAUGCAAAAGCUUUUGUGUCUCCUCGAACCAAAUAAAAUCUGACGAUGAAUACUGUAAUUUCACUGUGUGUUGGUCGGCUGCUGGUUUGUGUCCUGCUCGCUCCCAGUUUAACCCCUGACUGUCUGUCUGUAGACCUGGGCCUUGUUGUACUUGAAUAGAUUUGCAAAGGACAUUGAACAGACUUCCCUCGCAAAUGUGAUUUGUCUCCGGCUCAUCUCAAGGUUUUCUGUCCUAAACAAUGCAGGUUGCUAGCAAGAAAAUGCAUAUACUGUGCACCAGGGGUCUUCAACGUUUUUCAGGCUAGAGAUUAAGUAGAGACACCCUACCUGCUAUGUUUGUUUUAUAUUAAACUCGGGCUAGUGCUAUAAAUAUAAAUAUACAUAAUUAUUGUAAUUUUGCAUUCAAUAUUAAGCUAUUCAAAUGAUACACAGGUUCAAAUAUGUGCAAAAGUAAAAGACAGAUAACGAAAAUAACUGAUAGAUUCAAGUUUUAAAGCUCUCGGCCUUAAAUAAAUUAAAUUUGUGGGGGCGAAAUUAGAAAAUAUAUCAAAAAAAUGUCUUAUCAACCAAAGAUUUGGGGUCCGCAGUACCUCCGCGGACCCCCCGUUGAAGACCUAUGCUGUACACUAUAGCAAGUCAAAGCCAACAGCAUCUAUUGAAAUGCAUUUCGGCCCUAGUCUCCACACUUACUUGGCAGACAGGCGAGGCUGGUCUGGGUCAGUGAUGCUACACCACAGAUGCUUCUGCUCACCGCCUCCAGGCUCAUCCACGUCUCCACUCCGUUCACCUCCGCUCUCACCGCCAUCCUCUCACACCGUCUCGUCGUCACCGUCGCACCUCCUGCGCUCGGAGAAACGCAGUUCAAUAAAGCAACCUCUAAAGUUGGUGCUAAUCCCGGGUCUCGUCUAAAAACUCCACCAACUAUCGUUCCGGUCGUCCCUCCUGUCUUACUCCAACUUCUGUGGGAUUCCACCGCCGCCUCCUGCGUAACGCUCGUCGGUUAAGAGAGUCUUUUGAAACCUCCAGUGCCAGAUGCAAUCUCUCAAGUCCUGCCUACAUUUACCACCAGAUAAAUCCCUUCUUACAUUCCAGAGGGAGGUCAGCAGGCAUGGACGGUUAUAAUGAAAGUGUAUGCUUUCCACGUGUACAGUUCCGCUGUAAUUGUACAACUUGGCAACUUUGUUUCCUAUACUGACUCUCAUGUUUGUUCGUUUUUUUUAUUUCUAUGGCCUCUUUGCCAGGUGGUAUAUUGUAUUUGAUGUGUGUAUUUUUAAAGAAAAAAAGAUGACUACAUCUGUGUAUUGUUGGUGCCUUUGUCAGGUUCAUUUGGUUGGACUUGUCCGUCUGCCGUUCUUUUUUUAGACCGGGGUUUUCUUGCUCUGCUCCUGGUCACGACGACCCACUGGAAACACUGCCUUCCUCUCUGAAGGGUCACUGCACGAGUAUACGAGGAUACUACGCUCAUUCUUCUCAUGAUAACUAUUCAUAAAUGCAGCUUGGACAAUAGUUAAUAUGCAGACUAAACUGUUGGUGUCUUCAAAAAAAAGAACUUUGUAUCCUGUUUUAACUUUUUUAAGCUGUUAAUUCUAUGUUAACUAACUUUUUAUUAUUAUUAUUAUUAUUAUUAUUAUUAUUAUUAUUAUUAGACCUGUAUUCUUAUCAGAACCAACUCUCAUCCAAAGUUUAACAUUUUGAGGGGAUGCAAAAUUUCUACAGAAGACUAACUGACAGCCCGUGUAUAUACGGUAUAUACACAUGUAUAUAUGUGUUUAUAUGCAUCUGCAUACAUGGAAAUAAGUGUAAAUUUGGUGAGCUAAAGCUUUGCUUAAUAGUGGGUCUCUGGGACAGCAGCAGAAAAAAAACAACCUUGUGUUAGACCGAUGCCUGUUCAUCUAUUCUGUGGUCGUCUAAAUGUUUAAUCUUGAAUAAAACUACUGUUUGUUUACAGCAA